CACAAAUUGAAAGAACCCACUCAGCCUUACCGAAUUUUGCGUCAAUUGAAUUAAAGCCAAUGGAGGGACGUCGUUUCUGUUACAUCUGUACGUGUAGAUAGUACGUUUAGCUUCCUUGGCUUGGAAAGUCACAUCAAGUUUCGUUAGAGCUAUAUUUAGCAAGAUUACUGACUGUUUCCUGGCUGGUCAGCUUGCCAGCUGAGUCUAACGUCGAGAUGGACCAGGCAGCAAGCCGAUAUCAAGUGUUACACAACGAGGAUGACCUGUCGGAGGCCUCCACCAGUGCCCAGCCGUCCACCUCAGCCCAGGCCAGUGCGUCCCCAGAGCCCGCGUUGCAAGGGGGGGACGCCGAGGCCCCUCCUCCCCCCUACACCAGCAUCGCUCUGGGAGCCACUGCUGCUGAGAGCAGUUUCCAGGGAGACUUCCCCGUGCCACCCCCCUACAGUGUUGCCACCUCUCUGCCCACCUACGAUGAGGCCGAGAAGGCCAAGGCAGCAUCCUUGGCUGCCUCAGCUGUGGAAGUGAUCCCCCGGGAUGAUGACUUCCCUCCCAGGGAUGAUUUCAGUGAUGCAGACCAGUUGAGAGUUGGCAACGAUGGCAUCUUCAUGCUGGCCUUUUUCAUGGCCUUCCUGUUCAACUGGAUUGGGUUCUGCCUGUCCUUCUGCCUGACCAACACCAUCGCUGGGCGAUACGGGGCCAUAUGCGGCUUUGGCCUCUCUCUCAUCAAGUGGAUUCUCAUCGUCAGGUUCUCUGACUAUUUUACUGGAUACUUCAAUGGACAGUACUGGCUCUGGUGGAUCUUCCUGAUCCUUGGUCUUCUGCUGUUCUUCAGAGGAUUCGUGAACUAUCUGAAAGUGCGCAACAUGUCAGAAAGCAUGGCCACCUCUCACAGAACGCGCUUCUUCUUUCUUUAUUAGAGGUGAAGUGAGGUAAGAUGUCCACACGCAGGCUCCAGGGGUAACACCUACCAUAGAAAUGUAUCUAGACUGUGUUUUUUGCCCAUUUCUAUGAAAAGGACACCAACUUCAGCAAUCAGAAUGGUGUUCUAAAAUUAUAUUUGAGUUUUUUUGUUCUUCUUAUUCUCAUUCAAUGUCUCACGUCAUUUACUUCAGGCUGUCAGACCAAAAAUUCUUCCUAAAUGUGAAAUUCCUAGACGAUUUGCCACUCCUCAAAUGACCAGGAUGCACACCCAUCCUGAGAAGAGGUUAAACAAAACACACAAGGAAGGACAGCUCAAUCGUUCCCACAGUCUGGCCUCUUUUAAUAAAUAAAAACAAAUAAUGGACUCGCAUCUUUUAGAAUUGAAUGAAUUUAUGUUAUAAAAUGUCAGUGUAUUCAAUAUUCUUACCAGCUUUAUUUGGCUCUUAACAUUUUAAUUGCUUUCCAUCUACCCUUGAUAUUGUCUGUGUGCUUGAUUUCCCCAAGUAUUGUAUAAACUGUGAGUCUUACCCCAAGGUGCUAAUGUGGUACCUGUUGUUGGCCAUCUUGAAAUGUAGAGGCAGAGUGGGAGGAUGUGGUAUACAUUCAAGAUGUUUUAUGCAAUGGAUCCUUCCCCUAAAGUGGAUGUCAGGUGGUAUUUUUGCGAUCCAUGAUAUGCAUGGUUUAGUAAUAUCCUGUCUGCUUAAGCACUAUGGAUCAGAAUAAUUCAGAAUCAGCUUUCAGAAUCUAUUAGAGGUUGUUUUAGUCUGUUUUACCUUUACUUAGUAUCCAGAUUUCAUCAUGUCUGGAAUAAGAAUCUGCUGUUUAAUGAAUAUUUUGAUCCAGCUAAUGCCAAUUUAUAACAUUUGCACUUUUCAAACAUCUGAGUUGUGAAUUGCUUAAUUAUUAUUGUUGUUAGACUGAUAUGUUUUACUGUCAAUCAGUUGGAACUGGAAUUUGUAUUUGUGUCAAAAGGAUAUCUGCCUUUUGCACUUUUUACUUAAAGAUAAUGUAAUUGUCAGUCCUUUUGUUUUAAUUGUCAAAAUUAGCCUAAACUGUGACAUUUUUAAGUUAUGCCAAGCUUGGAUGAUGCCUUUCUAAUUCAAUUAUGUUCCACGAAUGCCUCUUCAGCAAUAUGACAACCUUCAAUUGGAAACGGUAAUGCAUGACUAGACAAGCCAAUUCGUUUGAGCAGCAAUUUUAGUAUUCGAUGUUUGACAACCAAACAUUUUAUUUGUCAAAAGUGAUUCUCUUAACAUCUGUUGAGCAAUGAUCAUGUGUGCUUGUUAACUGGUAUAAACUCAUGAAGUCUUGCAAAAUGCAAUAAAGUUCAAAAUGCACCCUUG